AUGAAUGAUAUUGAUUCAUUAAAUCAUAAUAGUAUUGACAAGAUACCGAUUAUUCAAUCACAAUAUUAUAAUAAGAAUAAUAAUCUCAAUUCAAAUAUAUCACAACAACAACAACAACAACAACAAUAUAAUCAACCAGAUAUACUACAUACUCAACCCCAAAACUCAUUACAAUAUCAACAAUAUUUACAAAAUCUACAACAACAACAGCAACAAAAUCAACAAAAUCAACAAAAUCAACAAAGAGUAAGAAGAUCUCCCCUUUAUCCAUCUUCAAAAUUAUAUUCUCAACCUCCUCAAUCUUUUAAUUCUGAGUGGGUAGAAGAAGACACUAAUAGUCCUAUUAUUUCACCAAUUAAAUCUACAAAUUUUAAAAUUGAAGAUCCUAAAAUGUCAGCAACAGUAACAACAACUCAAAUACAGAAUAAUUCUAAUAAAUAUGAAACUCCUUCCAAAAAUAUAAAAAAUUUCGCAUACAUCACUCCAAGUUCAAAUCAAAAAAUUGGAAAUAAUGAAACUUUCUCAGAACAUCAUUCACAAUCAUCAUCAAUUUCAACAACAACAAAUACUCAAUCACCGUCUAAAGCUACAACAACAACUACAAAAAAAUCAAAUGUAAAUAAUUGGGAUAUAUUCUGGUUAAUGUUAAAUGAUAUAGUGGGGAAAGAUAAAAUGGCAAAAGUAGGUCAAUAUACAUUAAGAUUAUUAGUAUAUUAUGCGAAUAAAUCACAAACUUAUUUAUCAGAUGAUACAAUAAAUAUAAAAAUUAUAAGUGAUAGAUAUAAUGAUUCAACCAAGCAGUUAGAACUUAUAAAAAAUUUCAUAAAACAUCCAGCUGAUUUUUUUAAAAUUAUACUUAUAUUAUCUUGUUCAACUUUUAAAUCAAGAAUUGCAGGAAUGAUAAAUGGUCUUUCGAUGUAUAGACAAUUUUUAAGAUUUGGGAAAACACCAUUUAGAAUAAGAGAUCUUUUCGUUAAAUUCCACAAAAAUAUAUCUUUAAACAAAUCAAAUAAUGAUCUUGAAAUAAAUAAACCAAAUAUUUUUAAUCGUUCAACAUUAGGUCAAUUAUUUUCAUUAUAUUAUGGAAUUAAUGAUGAAUCUAUUUUAUUAUACAAGUUGAAUUUCUUCACUAACCCAACUUUUAAACAAAUUGUAACUAGACAUGAAUCCUAUAGUUGGUAUUGUGAAACUUGGUUAGCUUUAUAUAACGCUUAUGAAGAUUUAAAUAAAUUAACACAACAAGAAAUGGAUUUAAAAAUUCAAAUUCAAGUUAAAAAUAGGGCACGUAUCUUAUCUAAACAAAUAUUGGGGAAUAAUCAUCAACUACAACAAAAUUAUCUCGAAAAAGAUCAAUCACACAUGAGUUCAGAAGAUCAUCGAAAUUUGAAUUCCAUACAGUUCAAAAAAAAUAAUGCAUGGUUAGAUAUUUAUAAGAAUUUAGCUGAUUUGGGAUUCAACACAUAUACUGUUUUCAGUAUUGUUUUACCUUUUGAUACUUGGCAAAUUUGGAUGGGUAUUGCUGCUUCUACUUUAUCUACUGUUAAAUUAUAUAGAUUGAAAAAACAAGAAUUGUUACAACAAAAUUUAUAG